AUGGCGGCGGGGGUGACGCCGCCCCGGCGCGCCGCGCCGCGCUGGCUAACGGGAAGGCAGUUCAAACGUCGCCCGGCGGGAGCGGCGCCGGGGCUGUCUCUGGCUAUGGAGUCGGUGGACGUGGCGGUGCGGACGCUGCCCAGCAUCGGGCGCCUGUCGCGGGGGCCGCCGUUCGGGCGGGCUCACGGGCGAUUCGGGUUCAGCCCCAGCGGCAGGCCGCUCCCGCCGGCGCCGCGCUCCGAGGAAAACGUAGAUCUCCAGAGUACAGCGUUUCUGCUGCACAAACGCUGGACCCUCUACAGCGUGACUCCUCUGUACAAGUUCUCCGACGCCCACCUGAGGAAUUAUGCCAGGCUGCUGAGUGCCUUCAUUGCUGCCGAGAAGCAGAAAGGGCUGGCUGUGGAAAUAGGAAUUGAGCUGGACAUCAAAGUGGCUGUUUCUAGCCUGCCAGACUUGAAAGGUAGUGAUCAAGACCACGCUGCAAUUCUCGUGCAGCUUUUGUCAAGAUCACCAGCUUCCUCCAAAAGCUCUGAAGACAAAUUGAUAUGGUCAGGAUGGUUCUGCUGUGUGUCUGGAGAUGGUUUUCCUGAGAACUUGCCUGAGGAUUUCACUUGUUUACCUCUGUUUCUCGCUAAUGGGGCAGAGAGUUACACAUCCAUUGUUGGAAGUUGGUUUCAGAAGACUUUUGACUGCUACUUCCGCCGUUUAGCUAUCAGCCCUCUCAGUCUCAGCUGGAUGGCAGCGAUGUGGACAGGAUGCAAAAUGGGCAAAACUGCAUCUGCCAUCGAACUCAUUUUUUCUGUCCCCUCUUUACCCCAGCCUCUGGACAUUUCAUAUGCUAUUCAUCCUGAGGAUGCAAAAGCUCUCUGGGACACAGUCCAAAAAACUCCAGGAGAGAUCACUCAAGAAGAAGUGGAUAUCUUUAUGGAUUGCCUUUACUCCCACUUCCACAGACACUUUAAGAUCCACUUGUCAGCAACAAAACUGGUGAAAGUUUCUACAUCAAUUGCCUCAGCACACUGUGAGGGGACUAUAAAGUUUCUCCAAAGCCAAUACCUAACUGGGGUGCUGAUGCUACUGACAGAACUAGCAAUCUCCCAGAUACAGUGA